AUGACUGCCGAUAACGCUAGCCAGAUUGACCAGAAUACAAUUAGGCUUGUUUUGCUUCCAAAAUAUAAUUCUUCCAUAUCCUCUUAUACUACUAUUAGCUUGAAGGAUCCUACAAAUGAUGGAGAAUCUAGACAGUUUCUGGUCUCCCAACCGGAGAAUAAGCUAUAUUCCUUGAACAAAACGGACUUCAAAGAUCAAUACAAAGAAAAACAAAAGGUCACGAAAAAUGGCCAGCCCAUCAAAUCACUAAUGCUUACAACCACUACCAAAUCUAAUUGCCUAAUCAUUGGUAAGACCCCGGAGAUCUAUGUGGGCACCAUCUUCAACCAGAUCUAUUUUCUACUUUCAUUUUUUGUUCAGUUUCUUCGACAGGAUCAUCUUCGAUUACUAUCUUACGAUGAUCUUUGCGAAAUGUUCGAGGAUUCGGAAUCUCUCGGUUCUCUAAUCAAAAUGAAGAUUUCUUUCAAGGAGUCCUUAGAGACGAUUUGUGAAACAGUCAGAGAAAACGGUGAGACUUUCUACAAAGUAUCCGAAGCUAGAAUUCUUGACUACAUCAAUCAGCGAGUGGACAGGAUUUUCGAGCACUUUCCCUGUUCGUUAAAAUCGCAGCUUCUGCGAAAACUACAGAGGGUGAACAACUUGGUGCCAUCUACCGAAGUGAUCAAACUCAGUCACAUAAAUGCAUCCAUAGAUCUGCUGUCGUCAUUCGUUGAUAAGUACUACCUUAAUAAGGUCAGGGCACGGUAUGAUUUUGGGCCUUUGAUCGAAUACCACGAGAAGCUGGCACAAAUGGAGGAGAUGAAUAAAGUUGCAGAAGAUAAUUUAGAGAGGCUUAAUGAAAAGUUACAAAACAACGGAUCCAGUAAAAGAAAGAGAAAACAAAUUGGUACCAAGAAAGUGGUCAAAAGAAUAGCUGUUGGUAAAGGAGCUCUCGAUAUGUUUUUUGGCAAGAACAAAUAG